AUGACGCUUACUAGAACAGCUACAUUGAGUGACGAAUCUACGGGACCAAGCUAUCAAGAUGUUUCCUGGAUAGAAACUACUGUGACUAGAGAGCAAGUACUUUUGGUGCCUGUUACCAACUCGAUGAUGUACACCACAACUUCAGCAUCAGCAAGUUCAAGUUUAGGAUCGUUUACGACGAGUAUGUCAAAACUACCAUUGUCCUCAGACACGGCAUCUUUGAGCCAUCAAAAUAGUGCUAAUACCGAAACAUCCUCCACUGAAACCAAAGAAGCAACUACGUCAGAUUAUUCAUCGAGAUUACAAAUGGGAGAUAUUAAAACAUCAAACUCAAGUCAAGUCGGUAUUGCCAUUGGAAUUCCAAUCGCGGUUUUCGUGAUUUUUUUUAUAGCCUUGGGUGUAUGGUAUUACUUUCGUUUACGAAAAUCGAAAAAGAGACUUGACUCCAACAAAGAAGCUCACUCAAAAAUUUUCAGUUUUCUGCCAGCCUAUGUUACGAGAUUGGAGCCAGGAUCGAGGUCGAGUUCUGAUACUCUAGCCGAGAAACCGUAUCCCGUGAUAUUUUCUCCAACUAAUUAUUUAAAGACUGCUAAAGAUUUAGAGAUGUAUCAGCAGCAAAACAACCGUAAACCAGAAUUUAGGGAUCACCUAAAAAGAUUGAGCAGGGUAUGGCCAGCAAGAAAUAAAAGUAAUGAAAAGGAUCAGGAUAAUCCUAUUGCCAGGCCCGUGUCCAUGUUAACUCCAGUGUUUUUGAAAAAGUUCAUUCUAGGUAAAGAAUCGGAAGAAAGACCAGCAAAGGUUCGACCUCAAGUCUUGAAGAUCCCCUCGCCACAUCAAGAAGGUGACGAUAUCACAAUGCAGGAGCCAAUUGAUUUAAAGAAACAGGAUUCACUGAACCAGAGCAUAUACAUAGUAAUAAAGCAUUACUCAAAAAAUCUACCCGAUGAAAUUACCAUAGAUAUUGGCGACAAAUGCGUUAUUCUACAAAAACAUAGCGACGGCUGGUGCAAAAUUCGCUUGGUUGGGCACAAUAGUGAUGAUGAGGUUACUAGCGGUGGUGGAACUGGUUUGGUCCCAAGGAUGUGUUUGCAAAAGAUGUAA